ACUGCGCAUGCUCCCUGAACCUCGUGCGUUCAGAAAUCAGUGACUCCGGUCCGGUGGUGUGAGCGAUACAGAACCAGAAUCUGGAGCAAUUUGGGGCUGCGAUGGAGAGUCGGGACCAGAACCGCGACCAGAACCAGGACCAGGACCAGGACCAGGACCAAGACCAGGACCAGGACCAGGACCGCGACCAGAACCAGGACCAAGACCAGGACCAGGACCAGGACCGCGACCAGAACCAGGACCAAGACCAGCUCUCCUGCUCUCCUUUUAGGUGGAAGAAGCAGAAACGUAAAGGGAAAGCGAGGUCAAAGGGUCACCGCUGUCUGCUGUGUAGUAAAACCUUCCAGUCAGCUGAGAGGCUGAAGGCCCACCAGAUCGUCCACAGUGAGGAGAGACCACACAUCUGCAGCGACUGCGGCGCCUCCUUCAAGGUGUUGAACUCCCUGAAGCUCCAUCAGCGGAUUCACACCGGAGAAAAACCGUACGGCUGUGUGGAGUGCGGAGCGUCCUUCUCCGUGUCCAGCAGUCUGAAGAAACACCAGCGGCUGCACACGGGAGAGAAACCCUACAAGUGUGACGAGUGUGGGAAGUGUUUCGCUGAGUCCAGCGCCUUGACGGUCCACAGACGCACACACACGGGUGAGAAACCGUAUCAGUGUGACGUGUGUGGGAAGGGAUUUAAAACAUUGUCUGAGGUGAAACAGCACCGGAUCCACCACACCGGAGAGAAACCCUUCUGGUGUCACCAGUGUGACAAACGUUUCGUCACCAAGCAGGCUCUCCAGACCCACCAGGUCAUCCACUCAGACCUGAAACCGUUCAUCUGCGGCGAGUGCGGAGAAGCCUUCAAGCUGGCCGUCUCCCUGAGGCGCCACCAACGAGUUCACGCCGGGUAUCAGUGUGACGCCUGCGGGGAGAUAUUCGCCACGGCGCUGAUCCGAGCCAAUCACAAGCGCAGCCACAAGUGGCUGGACGUGCUGCAGCGCAACUGGCGUCUCCGGAAGCUCCAGAUGAUGUCCGCCGGACACGGUGUGGUUCCAGGACAGACUGGACCACCCAGGGAUCUAGCUGUGAAAAGAGACUGGACUGAGUCAUGAACAGAACCGGCCAGCUGCAUCCCAAAGGCUUCAUGUCUGCCGUCCGUCAGCCGGACCAACAGGAACCUGAAGGAAGGUCAGAGGUCAUCUUGUCUUCAGGAAGAUUCUUUUGGUUUUUACUUGAUGAACUUGAAUAAUCUGAUUUCCUGCUGCAAAUAUUGAAGAAGUUAUGUUUCUGUAGUUUUCAGAAUAAAGUUUUGUUGCAUCAAACGAUUUUCUGUUGAGUCAUCACUUCCUGGUGGAGUUUGGACCACUUCCUGUUUUCUGUGGUGCAUCAUGGUCUUGCUGUUAAUGUUUCCUCACUGCUCAGUUCAGCUUCAAUUCUCUAGAUCGCUUAAGGCGGUCAGGAUCGUUUAAGGUGGUCUGGAUUGUUAAGGCGGUCUGGAUCAGUUAAGGUGGUCUGGAUCGGUUAAGGCGGUCUGGAUCAGUUAAGGUGGUCUGGAUUGUUAAGGCGGUCUGGAUCAGUUAAGGGGUUCUGGAUUGUUAAGGUGGUCAGGAUCGUUUAAGAUGAUCUGGAUCGCUUAAGGUCCAGACCACCAUCGGUAAAGGUGGUCUGGGUUGUUUAAGGUGGUCUGGAUCGUUUUUGGUGGUCUGUAUGGGUUAAGGGGGUCUGGAUUGUUAUGGUGGUCUGCUGGUUUCCUGAACGUCAGUCAGAGCUUCUGGACCUUCAGCAGCUUCAGGUUUUCAUUUUGUUUCAUUUCUUCCUUAUUGGGUUUUAGUUGGACUCAUGGAAAUGGAGCAGAUUUAACAU